AUGCCUCAUCUCGCCCACGUUUCCCUAGUUGUCCGUGACUACGAUGAGGCUCUCGCCUUUUACGUCGAUAAGCUCGGCUUUUCCCUCGUCGAAGACAACCAGGAGCCCAACAAGCGCUGGGUCGUCAUCCGCCCUCCAGGCGCGUCGCCAGACGCAACAACCAUACUGCUCGCCCGUGCUUCGACGCCAGAACAGCUUGCCGUUAGGGACCAUGAUCGGUUUACUGAAAACGGCGUUGAGUGGGUAAGGCCACCAACUACGAUGAGUUAUGGGACUGUUGCUGUAUUUAAGGACUUGUAUGGCAACCAGUGGGACUUGAUUCAGCGAGCAAAAGCAUCUUGA